AUGGCGGAAAAGACGAACUCGAAUAUGCUAUUCGCGAACUUUAAUCAGGAUUUUUCGUGUAUCUCUGUAGGCACACGGAAAGGCUACAGUGUGACGAAUUGCGAUCCAUUUGGGCGUGUAUACACGAUGAACGACGGCGCGCGAGGCAUCGUUGAGAUGCUGUUUUGUACAUCACUCAUCGUGCUCGUGGGUGCGGCAGACCAACCUCAGUCUAGCCCGCGAAAGUUGCAGAUUGUGAACACAAAACGUCAAUCGAUGAUUUGCGAGCUGCUAUUCCCGUCGUCGAUCCUGGCCGUUAAGCUAAACCGCAAAUCCCUGGUAAUCGUGCUGGAGAAUGAAAUAUAUAUCUAUGACAUCUCAAAUAUGCGCCUGCUACAUGUUAUCGAGACAACACCCAACCCUGAAGCCAUCUGCGCAUUGUCUCCCUCAGCGGAUAGUUCGUAUCUCGCAUACCCAUCUCCUGUGCCAUCACCUGCAUCGGCCAGUACCAGUACCACCCCUGCUGCGCCUGCCCCCGCACCAUCCAGCUCCCCAUCACAGUCCGGCGACGUGCUCCUUUUCUCCACACGCUCGCUCACCGUCGCCAACGUUAUCCAGGCGCACAAAUCGCCACUCUCCUCGCUCGCCAUAAAUUCAUCCGGCACGCUGCUCGCCACCGCGUCCGAAAAGGGGACCGUCAUCAGGGUAUGGAGCGUGCCAGGCGCCGAGAAGUUGUAUCAGUUCAGGAGGGGUACGCGGGAGGCGCGGAUAUACUCGAUGAAUUUUAAUGUGGUUGGGACGUUACUGGCAGUGAGCUCGGCACAUGACACGGUGCAUGUGUUCAAGCUUGGCAAACCGGGGGGAACAGGGGGUGGAGGGGCCGUGUCAGCGACGGCGAGCACCUCCAGCACGUUGGAUGGUGCGGUGAGUCCACCCGAAUCGGUGGAUGGCGCGACGCAGGGACUGGAUGGCGGCUAUGAGGCAUUUAUCGAGAAAAAGAAAGGCAACAGCGUCAGCUCGAGUCUCCGACGCAAAUCCCUUCAACUCUCGAAGCACCUCACACACUCCAUGGGCGGCUAUCUUCCAUCAACACUCACUGAGAUGUGGGAGCCAUCGCGCGACUUUGCCUUCCUGCGUUUGCCCACUUCCGGCGCACGCAGUAUCGUUGCCCUGUCUGGGACAAUGCCACAUGUCAUGGUACUGUCUGCGGAAGGAUAUUUUUAUUUGUAUAGUAUUGAUCUGGAAAAGGGAGGAGAAUGUGUUUUAAUGAAGCAGUACAAGACAUUCUCGAAUACGCGUGUUUGUGAAGGCAAGAAAAGGAAGACAGGAAAGAAACAGAAACGGUUGACUUUGAACGUGUUCAAGGAGCUCAAGCCUACUGCUCAGAAGGAAACAUUGGGACCGGAGUCUGUUGAGAACAAAAAUCAGGAUCAGUCGCGGACAUCUCUGUCUCCAUCUCCAACCACCACCACUACUGUUCCACACAGUCACAACUAUACCCUAAUGCCACCUGCAUUCAACCAAGCCGAUUCGGACCUCAUCACCCAACUCCAUGGCCUCAACGUGAAGCUCGUACGGUCUUCACUGUACAACGUGCCGAUGGACGAUGGUACCAGCAUCGGUGUGCGGAGCUGGAAGAUGAACGAAUUCAAGUACUAUGACAUCCCUUCGCCGUUCCCGACCCUUGCAAGAGGAUUGUUUACCCGGGAAUUGGAUGAGGAGGUUGUUGAGGGAGAGAAGAAAAAGAAGAAACAUCAGAUCGUGAUUCGUGGAUACGACAAAUUUUUUAACAUUGGAGAGGUGCCUUGGACUACAUGGGCCUCGCUCGAGUCGCACACAGCGGCGCCCUACACGCUCUCGCUCAAGUCUAACGGCUGCAUUAUUUUCUUCUCUGCGCUAACGCCGAACAAGUUGCUUGUAACGUCGAAACACUCGUUGGGCGCCGUCGAGGGCGCGCCGAUGUCCCAUGCACAAGCCGGUGAAGGGUGGUUGAGGAAAUAUCUCGAGAAACUGGGGAAGACAGAGGCCGAUCUCGCAGGAGAACUAUGGGAGAAGAAUUGGACGGCGAUCGCUGAGCUUUGCGACGAUUCGUUCGAAGAACACGUUCUUGGAUACCCACCCGAGAAGACUGGGCUGCACCUUCACGGGCUAAAUGUGCGCACCAAGGACUUCAUCACUAUGCCCGCGGACGUCGUCGACGCGUUCGCAGAUGCAUGGGGGUUCAUCAAGACGCCUACUAUCACCCUGAACAGCAUCAAGGAGGUCAAGGACUUCACCACCGCAUGUGCGGAAACAGGUGAGUGGAACGGGGAGCAAGUCGAAGGAUUCGUGGUCCGGACACACGUUACGGAGCCGCCCGCGGGUGGCAAGGACGGUGCGCCAAAACCCACGAGCAAUAAUCAGUCGCCGUACAAGCCUGGCUCGUCGUUCUUCUUCAAAGUCAAGUUUGACGAGCCGUAUAUGAUGUACCGUGACUGGCGAGAGGUGACGAAGAUGCUGCUCAGCUCUAAAUCUGGCCUUGACGCCAAAAGCCUGCCAAAGUCGAAAAUGAAGCGCCCGGAGACAAAGCUGUAUGUGCGUUGGGUGAUCAGGGAGAUCAAGCACAAUCCCGGGGCAUUCAAGGAGUAUACGAAGGGUAAGGGCAUUAUUGCGACCCGAGAAAGGUUUUUGGAAUGGAUGAAAUCAGAGAAUGCGGGAGAGGAGCUGAAGGAGCUCGAAAAAGAGGAGGGGACGGAGGAAGUGAAAGAGAACAAGAAAAAGUUUGAGAAGACGAUUAUUGUCCCAGUUGCGAUUCCUGGUAGCGGGAAAACUGCUGUGUCAAUUGCACUCUCACAUCUUUUCGGAUUUGCACACACACAAAGCGAUGAUAUCCAAGUCAAAAAAGCGGGACCUGCCUUCAUCAGAAACGUACGCUCACUCUUGGACCAACACGAUGUCGUCAUCGCGGACAAGAACAACCACCUUACCCAACACCGCGAUGCACUACGCGAACUCGUCGCAAAGUACCGAAUGCCUGUACGCCUCUUAGCACUUAACUGGCCGGUAGACGAUAAGCCGCCAGCAAUGGUGCAUCGCAUUUGUUGCGACCGCGUUCUUGACCGCGGGGCCAACCACCAGACACUGCGUGCGGAUCCAUCUGCUGCGCGCGCACACGAAGAGGUCGUGUGGUCGUUCAUUCGCGAGGCGCAGCCACUUGCUCCCGUAGAGGCCGAUGAGAUUGUAGACAUGAGCUUGGAUGACACAUUGGAGGAAGCCGUUGAACGAGCAAUGGAGGGUGUCGUCCGGGUGCUUGGGGUGGAGAAACCCAGCAAGGAGAAAGUUAGUGAGGCGUUGGAGAAGGUGAAAGCGUAUGAGCCUGCGGUGAAGAAAGCAGAUGGCCAGGACGCGGUGGGCAAGGCAAGCAAGGCGGCCGCGGACCCUCGCUACUUUGGCCUGUUGCCCGAGAUUGACAUCGUGACGCUGCUUGACGAAUGCUUGGCUGAGGGCAAGGAUGGCGUCGACCCCGCCGUACGUGCGUUUUGGGAGCAGUUGAAGGCAGACGCGCGUGUCGCGCGCCGCCCUCAUAUCACGAUUGUACACCGGAACGGCAAAGAAAAGGAGGCGGAGCUGUGGGCGCGUUGCUCUGUGCUACACACAAUGAGCAUCACACCUCCUACAUUCAAGGGCAAGCUGACUAACGUCUUGUGCAACGAAAGAGUUAUGGCGCUCACAAUGGAAGAACUGGAGGUCGCAGAUCCAGGGCUGGGUGAGGGACAGGAAGGCGCCGAGUUCGUUUCAAAGCUGCCUGAAGAAGUGCGGAAUCGACUACAUAUUACGGUGGGGACAAAAGCGGCAGACAUUCCGCCCGUUGAGGCGAUGUCAAUGGUGAUGGAGUGGAGAGAGAAGGGUAAGGUCGGUGGGACAAAUAUCGUACCACUGGAAGCUGUCUCUGUCCGGGGAAGGGUGAAGGGCCUUAAUAGCUGA